AUGAUGCUGAAUAACCCUGGUGCCUCGAUUGCAACCGCCAAUCCCCGACAUCCAAGACGUGACAGCCUCAUCCAGAUCGAGGAAGCCGACCACCAAGCUAUCUUCGAAUCGAAAAAUGUUGUCGCGUGUCCAGCUCCAGUGGUCCUGUCGUUUCAGCGUUACAGCCAACACAGACAUCAGUCAGUUUAUGACAAAUGUUACGGUAACGAGCAUAUAGAAAUCCUCUUACAUACCUAUCUUUCUCCCUCCGAAAGCCCCACGGGAGCCCCUGCCGGCUUGGUGCUUCCGGGUGGAAAUAGCGUCAAUGGUGGUAGAUGGAUCUGGAAAGGCGGUCAAAAGCCCAUUGUCGAAUCGGAAAACGCGCCAGCCCUAGGCUCUUUUGUUUCUGGGGAAGAGAUGGGGCAAGGAAUUGAGCAACAGCAGACUCAUCGUUAUCCUUCGUUUCCAUCCGUCGUUGAUGUCAUGAAUCGGCAAGUUUCAAAGAUACACCGUGUUUCGUCUCAGAAGGAAUUGCAUAUGCUAUCAUUUUGCAUCUACUAG